AUGUCGAGUGGUAAACUUCAUCCAAUCUAUGUGGCUCUUGACGGCCACCAAUAUAGCCGAGCCGUAAAGCUUGCACUUUCACUCCCAGAGUCGAAUACUCUCGGGAAAGCUUUGCUUGCGCAUGCCUACCUCAAGUCAGGUCAGAAGCAUGCUGCCUUGGUCACUUUGAAUAAGAUCGUGGGUGGAUGUUGCGAGCUCAGCGAUGAAUUGAAGAUGUCUUCGCCGGUUGUCAACAGCCCUCAACUUCCAAUUCAGAAGGGCGAGCUCAAAGGUAAAAUGAAAGGAAAAAGCAAGAAAGGGAAGAAGAAGCCAGUACAAGUGACAACGAGAGAGAGUGACAUAGUUGCGACAACCAAAGAUGAAUCAAUGAUGGACAGACUAGAUAAUCAGCCCAGUGUUCCUCCAAAUUGGGAAGAACUACCAUCUUUAAAAGCUGUUAUCACAGAUGAGACAACCCUUGCGACACUAGCAGUCACUCUUCAAAGCUUGAAACUACCAUUGACAGCGUACCAAAUAUACGCGUGGGCAGUCUCAACUGCACCGAGUGAGGAAUUCUUGACUAAAUCAUUCACUCUAGGACUUGGCGUUCUGGCCUCGCCUUCGCGGUGGGACAAGACAUCGAGGGAGAAGAUUGAAACGCAUAUUCUUUCUCAGCUGCAAGUUGUUGCCCUGCAGCUCGCCCGACUGGUGGUACAGCAAGGAGAGAGUGUCUGCUCGAGUAGACUUGCAACAGGUUGGGCUACCCAAGCCGCUCUGUGGCAGUUGCAAUGGCUACCGUACAAUGAAAAAAGACAGCUUAUAUUACCUCGCCUGGCAGAAUCUAUGGCCUUGCGCUUGAUUCAGCAAGAAGUUGGGACUAAUGGUUCUGCUGAGGUUCGACUUUUGUGUCACAGGAUACUUGAGCUCCAGGCAAAGCCAGCAGAUAUGCUGGAGAUUCUCCAGCAGGACUCUAUUCCAAUCGCUGAAGCACCUUCUGGUUCGGAAUUUGGAGUAUCCUUGACUGCUUAUCAAGUACAGACAAUGAAAGCAAAGUUAUUCACCCAAAUUGAAGAUUAUUCUGCUGCAAGAAGGAUAUAUGAAGACCUGUUGGCUCAGAAUCCUGAUGAUUGGACUUGUCUCCAAGGGCACUUGGAUUGCUGCGCCAAAAUUGAAUCUGUUGAUCUUACCUGCUCUUUCGUUGGGAAAAUCAUCGCACAAGAAGGAGCAUCCAAAUACCCUCUUCGGGGUCCUCACUUGAUGAAAGUGGAGCUUGCCGCGCAUUUUGCCCAAUGCGAUUCCAAUGAUGCGUCUUUACGCAACCUUGCUGAUGCGAUCAUUACAUAUGGAAAGACAUUUGGACCCAGAGCGUCUUGCGCCUUCUCUGACCUCGAGUCCUACAUCGAUGUUCUGCUUGAAUCUCGCGACGUCCACGAUGGUGCAAAGGUACUUGUUGCUUUCUCCAUUGAUCUGCAAAAGAAACAUUCGCUACAAUCAAAUGUUGAAGAAAGUACGAAGGACGAUGGCGAGGCCCUUUCGGACCUGCGGGCAUAUAUUUUUGCUGAAAAGCUCAUUCAGAAAGUAUUGGCAUUCAGCAAAGGUUACGAUUGUCCAUCAAUCGCAAAUUGGACUGCAUUGCUUGCCGAGAGGGAAAUCUCAAUUGCAAUGUCAGAAUCGGAUGGAACAGAAGAGGCUGAAAAAGAAAUAAAGCCGGGCGACGAAUUGGCAUUGCUUGCAAUAAACAAGUUGAUGUACAUGAAUCCUGAAGAUACGAGUGCAAAAAUCACUUCUGCUGCCAUUUUGGAAAAAGCGAUUGUCUACUCCCCAAAUAAUCCCUAUUUGAAAUUUGCUGCCAUGGACAUCUAUCACCAACUCGAUGCGACCUCAUUGUCAUGGAAAAUCUACAAGACAUUGAGUCUAAAACAUAUUCAACUUGACUCUUGUUCCUUCGUAAUCCUUCCAUACCUCGUCUGUGGUGGGCUUUACAACGAAACUAUUGAGCUUUGCAACUCGAUGAUACGGUUCCAUACAAUUGCUGCUCGAGAUUGCGGCGAUUAUUCUGGUCGUGCAAUGAAAUCAGGAAUCCUUAGCAAAGCCGACGAGUUCUUAGUAUUUCAGAGAACAAAGAUGAACAGGAGCCUUUCGAUGUUAGAAGCCAAAGGUUUGAUUCUGGAUUCAGCUGCCGUUCUCGGAGAACCUAUUGAAAGGAAGCGAACUGAGCACGAAAUGAUGCUCCACGGAAAGCUGGGACAGUUGCAAGGUAUCGUUGGCGGAGAGAGUGAUUAUGAUCGUGCAAUUCAGAUGACAUCUGAAAUCUUCAAUCCAUUUGCUUCGCUGAGCGUAAUCUCUUGGGCCAAGAGUAUGGAACGUGAAACAGAUUUUGGUGAUAUUACCGACAACAGAGAUUUUUCCAUUCUAUCGCAUCGAUUCCGAUUUUCGAUGCCUCUGGAUCAGAAGCACUCCAUCAUCCACGGUGCGCUUCGGAGAGGCCAUAUUCAUGGGCUUCUUUUACGAGCUGCGAUUUUUGUUGAUGGCAUUAAGGGUCCGAAGAAAGGAAAAGUUGGGGGCCCGAAUGGUGAACUCAAGAGAAGGACCGAAAGCUUUCUUAGAAGUGUUGAAACUGUAGCUAGUUUGAAACUACAAUCCGAAGAAAUAGCAUCUACUGGGGGCAAACACUUGCUUUCGGCACUGGCAGGCAUAUGCCAUGCAUUAUCAGUAGUUGGCUCAGGGACACCCGGAUUGGAAAAGGAUGGCUUGGAAGAACGGGAACUCACUGCUUCGAUUAUCCUAGAAGAACGAUCGCUUGUUCAUCUGAAAGAAGCACAGAAGGCUUUAAGAAACUCCUCUGUGAAGGCAGUCUGUUUCACUCUACCGAACUAUCUCGUCCCGCUGUUUUCUUUGUUUCGAAUGCUGGCGAAGGUUUGCGACCUCUUUGGAUGGGGCAAACGAAAGAGCAAGGGUAGGCGUUGUGCAAGUUCGAUGGCAUCUUUUGCUGGUCAGUUCUGUGCGAUGAUCGAAGACUUUCGCUCUAGCAUGGCAAGAUUACUGUUGUCGAGUGAUGGUCUGAGUUUUGAACAAGAACUACCGCCGCAGUAUCAGAAUAUUUUUUACGAUGAUAUCGCCAAACAGACGCAUCGCAAGAUCAUAGAGGCGCGAAAGGUAACACAGCUUCGCGUUGAUCCCAUUUUGGAAGACAUGGUUGAUUUUUUGAAGUCGUUUGAAGUCUCAGAAGACUGA